UUUAAUUAUGCAUGGCCACCAACAGGGGGGUCCGGUAUCACUCAUAACGGACCAAGGAUCUUGAUACAAAAAAGUUAUGGAAUAGCACCGUUCGCUCUAAGGUUUACCUAACAUCUAAAGCUGUUCGCACAAUGUCCUCCACGCUUACGUUUCUCUCCGUCAUAUGGUACCAAUUAACAUUCAAUCCGAAGCCGCCGCCUCCAGAAAUAAAGGCUGAAGGGGAGACAGCCAUUGUGACAGGGUCAAAUGUAGGUCUCGGGUUUGAAGCAGCAAAGCAACUUGCGAGCCGCGGACUCGCUCGCCUCAUCCUCGCCGUUCGGGAUAUAUCGAAGGGCGAAGUAGCUAAAGCUGCUAUUUCGCGCGAGAACCCCAAAUGCCAGAUCGAAGUGUGGCAACUAGACCAAGACUCAUGGGACAGCAUGAGUGCGUUUGCUCGAAAGGCGCAGAGCCUUGACCGUCUUGAUAUCCUUCUUUUGAAUGCAGGCAUGAAACGGCUGGAGUACACAAGGUCGCCUGCUGGCCACGAGACGCACAUACAGGUGAACCACCUCAGCACAGCACUUCUCUCCUUGCUUCUUCUUGCCCCACUGCGCAAAACUGCUGCCAUCACCGGCAAGCCCUCUCGCAUGACCAUCACGGCAUCGAUCCUCGCUUUUAUAGCAGCCGUAGAUGGCAUCACGCAUCCGAAAGCUGAAAUUAUUCCAACCCUCGACGACCCUGUCUCGUUCAAACCGGGUGUGGAUCGGUACUGCCUCUCGAAGCUCCUGAACAUUCUAUGGACGCGCGAGCUGGCCAAGCACGUAGACGCGAAAGAACUCGUCAUCAAUAUGUGCAAUCCGGGAUGGUGCAUGAGCGAGUUUCACCGGGAGGAUCCCGGUGCCGCAGCAGCGGGGAAGUACCUCGGAUGGAGUUCGGAACAGGGUGCUCAUCUGCUGGUUGAUGCCGCGUUGCAGCACCCGGAGAGUCACGGAGAAUAUCUGAGUGAACAGAGGGUUCGAUCAGUCUCAGGAUUUGUUCUUUCAGCUCAAGGACAAGUUGCACAGAAGCGAAUUUGGGAUGAGACUUUGGCAUUACUUCGAGAAGUGGUGGGACAAGAUCAUCCGAUCAUCCGUUCUGAUAGACUGUUUCUUUAAACUACUAUUGUGUCUUUCUUUUUUUCUUUUUCGGAAGAGUGAUGCUAAUUGCAGAUUUCAAAAGCCAGCUACAUGCACCUAUUCCGUGGGGUAAUCUGUAUGGAAGGCUGUCAUGGUACUCUGUAACUAGCAUCACUCUAUUGGAAAUCCCUUAAUUUCCCUAAAUUUACUCGGAAAAACCCUCGAUCUACCUCUAAAGAUCAAGGCUAUGUUGUAGUUAAAUUGAGUAACAUAGGAAGUGUCGCUGUUUCCAUAAUACUCUAUUUUACUAAUAGAAUUGCCCCGGCCAUUGUCCCAGGGUAUCCCACCAUCAAUACACCAGAAAGGAAUAGAAAACAAGAGAUGG